AGUAACAUGUCUGGGAGGGCUGACCCAGCCCCGGGAAGGGUUGAUGGCUGAGGUGGGAGCUGUGGGUGCUUUCCCGACCUCCGGACCCCGACCUUCUUGAACCUUCCAAAAGUUCAGCGGGGGUAGAGCGCAGUGACAGGGUUGGCGGAGUAAAUCCUUUAGCUUGGUGAAUAAGUAAGAGCCUUUUCCCUUCUCUCUCCCUCCCUCCUCCCCUCUGGAGUUUGAAAAGGAAGGUGGGGAUUAGUCAUCCAUCCAUCUGAACUAUGUGUGUGCAGUAUUCCCCCCCCAGCUCCGGCUCUGGGGGAGUGUUUGAGUGGGCGCCAGGAAAGAGGAGGGGCUUCACUCAGCAGUUGGGGAGGGGGGCACCCUGGCAGGGCCUAGGUGCGCGCCACCAAUGAGAAUCGGAGUUCCAGGAGCCAGGCCGCCCACGUGCAGGGAGCCCGGCUGUAUAAAGCCAGGAGGCAGCGGGAAGGGAGGCAGGCUACUCAGCGAGAAGCUUCAGCAGCUUUAGCGGAGAGCCUGGGAGCUGCGGCAAGCGGCGGCUGCGGCGGCGGCGGCAGCAAGAGCUGAUCUGCGAGCAUCGGCAGCCCCUAUCACCUGUGGAGCCGAGAGACUGGCGCGCACCCUCUGAUCGCUGGAGACCACCUUUUUUCUUUCUCUUUCCUGAAUUUCUUCAAGGAGCCGAGAAGAGAACGGGGUUGGCUUUGCCACUAGCAGGAUUAACCCCUUUUUAAGGAGCCAGGCUAGCGGAGUGACGGGCUGCUCAACUCAGACCCCUACGGCGGGCCGGAGAGAAAUUUGCCUUAUCGCUUUUUCUACGGACACGAGUGAUGGAGCUGGAGCACAUGACCAGUGGGGGCCUUCAUACCUACCACGGCCCCCGGGGCGGACCAGCGGCCAAACCCAACGUGAUUCUGCAGAUCGGGAAGUGUCGGGCAGAGAUGUUGGAGCACGUAAGGAAGACUCACCGGCAUCUGCUCACCGAGGUGUCCAAGCAGGUGGAGAGGGAGUUGAAAGGCUUGCACAGGUCAGUGGGGAAGCUGGAGAAUAAUUUGGAUGGCUACGUCCCUACCGGGGAUUCACAGCGCUGGAAGAAGUCCAUCAAGGCCUGUCUGUCCCGUUGCCAAGAGACCAUUGCCCACCUGGAGCGAUGGGUGAAGAGGGAGAUGAACGUGUGGAGGGAGGUUUUCUACCGGCUGGAGAAGUGGGCCGACCGGCUGGAGUCCAUGGGAGGCAAGUACCCAGUGAGCGGGGAGGCCGCCCGACAGACUGUCUCUGUUGGAGUGGGGGGCCCUGAGGGCUAUUGUCAGGAGACUGACCCCUAUGAUUACACGGUGAGUCCCUAUGCCAUCACCCCCCCAACACCGGCAGGGGUCAUUGUGGGAGGAGAAGCUCUAAGCCACGAGCCUUCCGAGACCCAGCAGUACCCACCCUGGAGCUCAACCACUGAGGAUGGGACUCUGAGUCCUGGUGUAGACACACAGAUUUUUGAGGAUCCCCGUGAGUUCCUCAGUCACCUGGAAGAAUAUCUGAAGCAGGUCGGAGGGACUGAAGAGUACUGGCUGUCCCAGAUCCAGAACCACAUGAAUGGCCCAGCAAAGAAGUGGUGGGAAUACAAACAGGGAUCUGUAAAGAACUGGGUGGAAUUCAAGAAGGAAUUCUUGCAGUACAGUGAGGGGACCCUCACCAGGGAUGCUAUCAAGCGGGAGCUGGACCUGCCCCAGAAGCAAGGAGAGCCUCUGGACCAAUUCCUGUGGCGUAAGAGAGACCUUUACCAGACCCUGUAUGUGGAUGCUGAUGAAGAGGAGAUCAUCCAGUAUGUGGUGGGCACCCUUCAGCCUAAGCUCAAGCAUUUCCUCCGACACCCACUGCCCAAGACCCUCGAGCAGCUGAUCCAGAGAGGUCAGGAGGUCCAAGAAGGACUGGAGCAGGGGGAGGAUGCCACAGAACAGCAAACCCAGUCAGAGGACAAUGAUGAAUCACUCACUCCAGCUAUCGAGUCCCUUGCCAGUGAUGGGACCCAGCCCGAGUAGAGGUGGUGGUGGCCACCCCUCAGCUUUUAUUAGCCCCUUCUUCCUGGAGACCCCCACCCCUCCUGGGUGUCCCCUUCUGGGAUCACUUGGUUGAGGAUUCUCCCAGAUGUCCUAAUUUCCCAGGGGCAGCUUGUGCUGUCUUGCCAAGGAAGAGUUGGCAGGCAGCCCCAUCCCCCAGUGGGAUUGGCACUUGAUGGACAUUUUGGGAGACAAGACUCAUGCAGUGGGGGUUUUCCCACCACCUUGUCCAUACCCCCUCUCUCCUACUUGAAUCCUCCAUAGUUUUACACAGAUCACCUAUGCCAGCAUCAGUUAACUUUUCUCCCCUUUUAAGCUGUCUGAAAGCAGGACUUUAGCUUUUCUCUUUCCCCGUCUCUAGCCAGUCUGGUGUGUAUGUUCCUUACCUUCAUUUUGUCCAUUCACUCUUUUUCCCUCCUCCCUAAUGGUUCUACAAGGAGUUUCACCUGCUCCCACAUGAAACUCUUUUUAAACCUAGAGUCUAGCCACCGGCCUUGAUAGGUUUUCUUCCUCCCUAAAAUCAUUCCCGUACUUCUCCCAUUGGCCACUAGCCACAGGAGACAUGGAGAGUGGCUAGAUUAUAGGG